GUUCUGAGAUUUCCCAACCUAUCGUAUAUUUAAUAAUCAAAUUUAGAUGGGAGGUUGAUUAAUAUUCCUCAUCGUGGCAAUAGUGCAACUUUCACGGCGUCGCCUGACAGUUGUCAUAAGAAUGUCAACAAAACGACAGUGAACACGUUAAAACAUCUCAAGAUCAACGAACGAGCAACAGCAACAAUAACAUUUUGGUGUUGUGAUAUUAAUUGUGAUUUUAGAUCUUUUACCGCUUACUCGGACAGUAUCUGAAGUACUUGUAGAGUAUCACAAAAUGUCCCUCACCCGUUGACGAAAUGGCGAACCUGAAGCCCGGAAGUCAAAAUGCACGUAAAAAGGUGCAGGUAUCAAUGGUGUUAUGCGAGGCAGAGGAACGGAAACACAGGUCUGGAGUUAAUGCCCUGCAGCUGGACCCUGUAUUGGACAGAUUGUAUUCAGCUGGACGAGACUCAAUCAUCCGGGUCCACGAACAUGAAAGGUUCCUGCAGAGUAUGGAACACCACACUGACUGGGUCAAUGAUAUAGUUCUGUGUUGCGGAGGCAGACACUUGAUUUCAGCCAGUUCUGACACAACUGUUAAAGUGUGGAAUGCUCAUAAGGGAUUCUGCAUGUCCACACUUCGUACACAUAAGGACUAUGUGAAAGCACUAGCAUAUGCAAAAGAUAGAGAACAAGUUGCAUCUGCAGGUUUAGACAAGUCAAUCUAUCUUUGGGAUAUAAACACUUUAACUGCUUUAACAGCCAGUAAUAAUACUGUUACAACUUCUAGCCUGAUUGGAUGUAAAGAGUCUAUUUAUAGCUUAGCUAUGAACCCUUCAGGAAGUGUUAUUGUGAGUGGAUCCACAGAAAAAGCUUUAAGAUUAUGGGAUCCUCGAACAUGUGCCAAAUUAUUCAAGUUGAAAGGUCAUUCUGACAAUGUAAAGGCUUUGGUAGUCUCUAGAGAUGGUACACAAUGCCUCUCAGGCAGCUCUGAUGGUUCUAUUAAACAUUGGAACCUAGGAACUCAAAGGAUUAUCCAAACCAUUAGAUUACAUACUGAUUCAGUUUGGGCACUGUUAGCGACAGAAAGUUUCACUUAUGUGAUCUCUGGAGGACGUGAUAAAAAGGUUAUAAUGACAGACUUGAAGAACACUUCGAAUUAUGUGAUAGUAUGUGUAGAAGAGGCCCCUGUGUUGAAAAUGUGCUUUACAGCUGACCAACAGGCAGUUUGGGUAUCAACUUUUGAUUCAAGUAUACGAUGUUGGAAGCUACCAACAGACAAGCAUUUUAAAGAAGAACUUAAGAUGCCAACUCAACCCAUAUCGCUCAUACCUGGAGGUGCUGCGAUUAGGCAAGCUGCAGUACUGAAUGACAAGAGACAUAUUCUUACAACAGAUACUCAUGGACAUGUGGCAUUAUAUGAUGUCCUACGUGCAAGAAAAAUAGAGGACCUUGGUCAGGUUAAUUUUCAAGAGGAGCUAAAGAACAGAUUCAAAAUGGUUUAUGUGUCAAAUUGGUUUAAUGUAGACCUCAAAACAGGGAUGUUAACCAUACAUUUAGGCCAAGAUGAAGUUGACUGCUUUUCUGCUUGGGUAUCUGCACGAGAUGCUGGCAUCCGUGAUACCCCAGAACCUGAUCACAAAGUAAAUUAUGGUAAAUUGUUACUGCAGGCACUCUUUGAACAUUGGAGAGGGGUAGAGACAGAUCCUGAAAAUAGAUUAUAUUUUAGUGUUCCCAAGCAUAUCCCUUUGAUUUUAAGUGAAGUAGGUGGAAGAACCUUAUAUAGGGUAUUGGUGGGUGACACAGCAGGAGAUACAGAAAAUGCACUGUUGAAUGAUACAGUACCCAAUUGGGUAAUUUCCAAUAUUGAGGACAACUGUACCAAUAAGUUUAUCAAGGUGCAGUUUUACUUACAACCACACUCUAGUGUACCCUCACAUCUACUGAAACAAGAUAGGAUGAAGAAACCAGAUAGGUUGGUUGCCAAUGAUUUUAUCCAAUGCCGAAAGGUAGCCGAGCAUAUCCUGGAAAAACUCCUAGGAGAUGGAACAGCAAAUUCACCAGGAUGUGGAGAUGCAGAAUCAAAUACUCCAUCCAACAAUGGCUACACUGUAGAUCAAAUAGAAUUGACAUGCAAUGAUCAGGUGUUGGAUCCAUCUAUGGAUCUAAGGACCAUAAAGCACUUCAUCUGGAAGUCGUCAUCUGAUUUGACAUUGUAUUAUAAAAUCAUCAACAAGUAGUUAUAGUAUAUAUUGUAAUAUGUACAUAUAGAAAAUCUAAGCUGCGUAGAGACUGAUCAAGCAAGAACUUAUUGGAAUACAUAUUAAUAAGUAGUUUAUAAAUAUGAUCCUAUUCAUUUGUUGGCAACUCUCUACGCAAACAUUCAAAGGAAAAUCUAACUGAAUGAAUAAUUUUUGCAACUAUGUACCAUAGUAAAAUAAGCUGUUCUUGCCUUGGACUAUGCAAAGUGCACAAAAUGAUGACAUAUGAUGAGAGCUUGAAUGAAUGAAGGCCUUUGUUUGUCAUACCAUAUGAUACUGGGAUCUUCUCUAGUGUGUCUUGUAUGACAAGCAUUCAGUUUCAGUACAAUUGUUGACGCUGACAGUUUCCAUAGAAUAUAUUCUUUUGAACGGACCCAAUUUUCCAACCAUCAUAAGUCAGUCAUAAAUAAUCUCAGUCUCAGCGGCCUGCCGACGUUCAAACGCGAAAAUUGCGUGAGUGCCGACGUUGCGCGUUUAGCACAGACCAUAUCGCUGGUGACGACCAACAAAGUAUGAUACGUCCAUGACAUAUGUGUAUACCCUAUUUCACAAGUAUCCAUCACCGAAGAAUCACAGCUGAUUAUUCAGUGAUAUCUCAAAAUUUCCCAUAUCGGUUCAGGACACAUAAUUCUGACGGAUCCGUCAACGCCAGGUAGAAAGAGCCGUAUUUUAUUUUGUUUUUUUGUACGUUACAGAUGCAUUUUGUACUUGCUGUCAGCUCUUUUAUUUAGAAAAGUUCAUUUGCAUACAAAAAACAAAACGCCACAAGCAAGUUUUACUAGAUUUAUAUCCGAUUCAUUUCUGCCAACGUUGCAGAUUAACACAAAAAUGUCACUUGCUGUUCACCUCAGUAAACGUCAAAGCGUAUAGUGGAUAUGCAGUUUUGAAUUCCUCGCAGUUGAUAUCAAUUCAAGUUAUAAAUUCUUGGGGUUCGAUCUACCCAAGAAAUAUAUUAAAAAUACGACGCUUCGGCGACUUUAAACGUCAUCUUCAGAGCGUUGUUUUUUGUUAUAAAUUUGGUGUACUAUUUUUAUGUUGGCAAGUUCGGUGGUAGGUAUUCUGGGACAGAAUCUAUAUACCUAUACAUAAUAAAUGAAAAUAUGUCCAUUGCGUUAGCCAAUGGUGCAACUGACAAUCAGCAUGAAUUUGAUUUCACAAAUGUAAAAAUCCUAGACAAAGAACAUAACUUUUCAAAAGAAACAUCCCUGAAAUGAUGUAUAUACAAAGAAAGACACUACUAUAAAUUAUACAACUGAUACAAAUAAUCUAUCCAGUAUACACACAAAUUUAAUAAUAAAAAGAGUGUAGCCGUUGCGUUCUCCCACCCCAUCAAUGUGAAAAUAUAAUGUAUAUAUUUUUUACCUUUGUUUUGUUUCCGUUUUUAUUUGAAAAUAUUAAUAGAAUGUCAUUGACCUAUACUCAUGUUUCUGGCAUCUGUAAUUAUUUUUACCAACUAGUAAGUAUUUCUGUAUAUUAAUUAAUAAAUGUUUCAUGUUGAUCGGAUCCCAAGAAUUUAUAACUUGAAUUGCCUCAUACAUAGAAUAAGUAUCUGGAUGGGCAACUAUAAGGUAAUAGAAGCUGCGAUCAAAUGCACUUGUUUGUUUGGAUGUGGAAUAAAUGGGUUUUAAGUGGGGUGCAGAAUGAUAGUAAUGAGCAAAGACUUUGAUACUGAAUAUCAUCAUUUUUGGGAGAGUUGAACUGAAUGAUUUAUAAAAGGAAGUCGUUUUUGCAGAAGCAAGAAGAGGUGCAAUUAUAAAGCAAUUUAUCUCUGUGAUAAAUACAAUUUUGGUAAUAAAAGAAAAAUAGCAAUGUUCAUUUUAUAAUAUUUUAUUGUUAUACUGAUUAGCAAUUUUAAAUUAUCGACACCUUUUUUUAUUCUACCAGAUAGUUACACAAAUGAAAAUAAAUUUGUCAAUUUUUGAAACUACUAUAGUAGACCAAAUAGAAUACAGACAUGAAAUUUGAGCAAAAUGUUAUUUAUUUUAUGUACUAUAUUUUGCCAAAUGUCUGUCGGCUCUGGGCAGGAGCUAUUGUUGAGGAGUCCUAGGUCCGAGCAAAUCUCAGAUUACACUUGAUUACAACAUUGGCGCCAUUUUUUCUUGUCUAAAGAGGAAAUUGUAUGACCUGCAAAAAUGACAUUCAUUUGUAGUAUAGCAAGGAUCAAUCUUUUUUCUUCGCGCUCCAUUUGUUAAUUAUCGAACAAAAAAGUAUCUAACCAUUUAAGAUAAACAUAUACAUCUGUCAUUCUUGUAAAUAAAGUAUAUUCAAGUAAAUGUGUUUUCAAACUAUCAUGUCUUUAUUUCAUUAAAAAAAAAAAACUUUCAAAGAUUUAAAUAAUAG